AGUGUGUUCGUGCUCUCCGAUGGCGAGCCUUCGAUGCUUUCGUGAGCUGAGCCGCCGCGCUACGACGGUUUACUCCAUCAUCCAGACGCGAUCGAUCUCUUCAUUUCCUGGGAUCGAGCUUUCCGGGACCAGCAUUUCUCAUGGGACUGUAAUUCCGAAUCGAUCUCUCACUAGGAAUUUGCCGUGGUACAGUCUUUGGUAUCGCUCUCAAGAUCGUUGUUUCUCUUCGAAUACAAAAGAUACUGAUGAAGAUGAAGAAAGCAGUGAAGGAGAGGAUGAUGAUGAUGAUGAGGAGGGGGAGGACUUUGAGGAUUCGGCGGAGAUGGAAGUAGAAAGGGAAUAUUCACCGGCGGAGAAAGUGGAGGAGGCGGCUGAGAUAGGGUACAAGGUGAUGGGUCCACUCAAACCUUCGGAGAGACUUUUCAAACCCUAUGAACCAGUGUUUGCCAUUGUUCAGAUUGGUUCGCAUCAGUUUAAAGUAAGCAAUGGGGACUCCAUUUUCACAGAGAAGUUGAAAUUCUGUGACAUAAAUGAUAAGUUGGAACUGACCAAGGUUCUUCUAUUGGGCUCAGCAAGCCAGACAAUUAUUGGUAGGCCUAUCUUGCCAGAUGCGACUGUUCAUGCUGUAGUUGAAGAGCAUGCGUUGGAUGAAAAAGUGCUCAUUUUCAAAAAGAAACGAAGAAAGAAUUAUAGGAGAACGAGAGGACAUCGACAGGAAUUGACGAAGUUGAGAAUAACCGAUAUACAAGGAAUUGAAAAACCAGAACCAAAGAUCAUCUCUAAGCCUUCCAAGGAAGGUGUUACAGAACAAUCGAAGGCUGAGCUAGUUGCUUAGAGAUAAAUUUUGCUUCUUUCUUUUUUGCUGAUGCCGAAACAUUUGAAGUAAGUUUAUCCAUCACUUGCUGUUCAGUAAGAGUAAGAACUAGAUUGAAAAGUCGUUGAAAGGAUGAAAAUGCCUUCUUGGUAGUUAGUGGUAAUUAACUAGGCUCCUGAGAUAUGAAAUGUGAUUUGCCUUUCACUGUCUUGUUUCUCCUCGCUGUUUGAUUUUGCUCUUCAUUUGUAUUUAAACUGGCUCAGGCUUUUGGGAGCUGUUUGUUGCUUCUUUUUCAGAAAUAAAGAUUUGCGGAAACAUCUCUCUCCUUAUCUUCUCUAUGCUUUGUAGUUUGUACUGUACUACUGUGGUCUAGUUAUGGUUUUAUUUGCUUCCUCUUCAUGCAAGUCUCAGUCACAGAUAUGACACUGGGUGGUAAAUUGGUAAUAACUGUUAGUCACAUAA